GCCAGUCCCGUCAAAACCUCCCAGACUGCAACUUGUUGACGCCUCUCUGAUCUGCCCCCCCCCGGGAGCAGAAUGGAUGGCAUCAGCACCGGGAAGCCCCCGUGUCUCUCCCCCGGGGGGUUUAAUCAUUGAUGGAGACAACCCCACAACGAGCUGCGUCCUCGUGCAUCAGACGGAGCUGCGCCGGUACAACACUUUUUAAACACUUUUAACACAUUCUGGUGAUUGGACUCUGGAGCGAAGCGUCAGGGACUGUUGACGAGUCGAGAAAAUUAAAACGAGUCGCCCAAGUUUGCGCUACUAUUUAUUUAUUUUUUUUUCAUUUUGCCCGCAGACAGGACUGAGUCACUUGUGUUUACACAAUCGCUUCACCUUUUAGAUGAGAAGCGAAGCAGUCUCAGCAGUUUAAGUGGUGCCAUCUACAGAGGCUGGAUGCCCUCUGAAUGUAACCAGUAUGAUUCGUUUGUUUGUGCUGGACGCGCGUAAAUGAUGGACGGUGCUACCGGGAUUCCCUGACUGAUUGUGUGCUCCGCUUUUAUCGGGGGAAAAAAGAGAAUAAAAACUCAUCAAAAGAGGGGAAAACACACGGGUGAAAGUGAUGCAGGGGAAGCUGCAUGAAAGUCGGACAAAACCUUCUCAUCUGUGUGGACACUGCAGCUGAAAGUUUAUCUGACGGACCACGCUGAGAAGAGGACAAACAAGUAUUUAGCACUGGGAACCUGGAGAGAAAAAGCUUUGCUGAUCAUGGUAUUUUAGUGCAGAUGUCUAUAUACCUUCCAAAACCACGUGGAAAUCCAACAAUUAGCCACGACAAGACUGGACAUCUUGAGCAUCCCCUAGGUCUGGUUUUGAUGUCGAUCAUGUAACUGUGAUGUUCAGGCUUUCCAAUAUCAUCAUCACGAGGCACGGCCAAGUUUCAAUACAAAGCUCAAUUUAGAAGGCUUCACACAGACUUUGGUGUAGAUAAGAGAGAUAAGUGGCGAACCUGUGUAUCUGUCGUCAUCAUCUUCCUACAUGCAGCUCCCUGCUUAGCUUUAUUGAAAAGGAGGAGCCCAUUAAAGCAUUUGAUAGAUAGGAAGGCUUGGUCUGAAGGUGUUGUUGCUGGCUGGCUGCUGGUUGGAGAUGAGAUAAGAGACACUGGGAAGAGGGAAAAGAGAAAUAGAAGUGCCUGUCUGACGGGAGCUGCAUACAAAUUAGGAUUCGUCUCUCCUGCAGCUAGACCAGUGAGGCGAAUCAAUAUUGGAGAAGCGAAAUGGACAAAUUAGUCAGCUUCGAUUACAGGAGCACAAACUGAAAUUAUGGUAUUAGAUGUUUGCUAAAGGUUGAUAUGAAAUCAUACUGCAAUACACAGGAUGGGAAAUGAAGUAAAAUAUUGUCUUAGUUGCUGAAAGGAGGAUAGAGGACUUUACAGCCGAAACCAACAGUGCCACACCAGAGUAUGGCCUUCUAAGUGAUGAGGCUGCUCUAAACCUUCUGGACAUAGGGUUUUAAAAGGAGAAGAGGCGAGAUGGAGCUGGAUAAUAGCUCACUGGACUACAACUUCACAGAGAUUCCUGACACCACUACUGCUCCACCCUGGAGCAAGGCCACGCUAUUCGGCCUUCAGGUCUCCCUGUCGGUGCUACUAGCCAUUGUCACCUUGGCCACCGUGCUUUCAAACGCCUUCGUCAUCGCCACCAUCUUCCUGACCAGGAAGCUCCACACACCUGCCAACUUCCUGAUCGGCUCCUUGGCUGUCACAGACUUGCUGGUGUCCAUUUUAGUCAUGCCCAUCAGCAUUGUCUACACUGUCAGCAAGACCUGGUCUCUGGGGCAGAUCGUUUGUGACAUCUGGCUGUCGUCCGACAUCACCUUCUGCACGGCUUCCAUCUUGCACCUGUGCGUGAUCGCAUUGGACCGCUACUGGGCCAUUACACAUGCUCUAGAGUACUCCAAACGCCGCACCAUGCGCCGGGCGGGGAUCAUGGUCGGGGUGGUGUGGGUGAUCUCCAUAUCGAUCUCCAUGCCUCCGCUUUUUUGGCGGCAGGCCAAAGCCCACGAGGAGCUGACAGAGUGUAUGGUGAAUACAGAUCAGAUCUCUUAUACCCUAUACUCCACCUUUGGCGCCUUCUAUGUUCCCACAGUGCUUCUCAUCAUCCUCUAUGGACGGAUCUACGUCGCCGCCCGCUCCCGCAUUUUCAAGACGCCAUCGUCCUCGGGGAAGCGCUUCACCACAGCACAGCUCAUCCAGACCUCUGCAGGCUCCUCUCUCUGUUCUCUUAAUUCUGCCUCCAACCAGGAAGCACACCUACACUCUGGCAACGUGGGAGGCGGCGGAGGAGGAGGAGGAGGAUCGCCUCUGUUCAUGAAUAGUGUGAAAGUGAAGUUGGCAGACAAUGUGCUGGAGAGGAAACGCCUCUGUGCGGCUCGGGAGAGGAAAGCGACCAAGACUCUGGGCAUCAUCCUGGGUGCGUUCAUCAUCUGCUGGCUCCCGUUCUUUGUUGGCACGCUCGUCAUGGCCAUAUGCAAAGAGUGCUGGUUCGAUCCCGUGCUUUUUGAUAUAUUCACCUGGCUGGGAUACCUGAACUCCCUCAUCAAUCCUGUAAUCUACACUGUGUUCAAUGACGAGUUCAAACAAGCUUUCCAAAAACUCAUCAAAUUCAGGCGGUGCUCUUGAAGAAAACUUUACAGUGGAUUAAAACUAUAAGAAAACAGGAAGUGAAAAAGACAAAGAAAAAACCAAGAUAAUAGAUAAUAAUGAUACUGAAAGUACUGUUUACUUAAAUGUCCCAUCUUGUAAACACAUGCUAACUGUGAUAUGUUUUUUUUUUUUUUACAUCAAACAGCUCUGUGCCAUAGCUCUUUAGAUACCUAACAAUAUAUCCAUCAUAUAGACUUAUGCAUGCAUGUUUAAAAAGAUAAAAAUCUUUAUUCCCCUGAGACUUAUUAUAAAAAGAUAAAUAAAGGGGGCUUGAAAUCUGUUUCAUGUUGCAGGGACAUUGCCGAUAUUUCUUGAACAAAAGCAAAUAUUUUAAACAAAGACUGGUGUAACUGUAUGGGAAGAGUAAACUCAGAGUGACUGGAUCAAAUCCAGCAGAAAUGAAAAGCCAUGAAAUAUAUGUUGUGUUAUUCUCUGUGUCAUACUGUAUGCUGCUGCUCCCAUAUGAUGUCUCUGUGGUACAGUAAAGAAAAACAAAAAACUCUAGAGAAUCAGUAAAAAUGUCUCCAUAUAUGCAGUUAUACGUGACAGUGGUGUGCGUGUGUGUAUGAGUGUAUGAGUGUGUAAAGGUAGUUAUUUUACUGUAAUAUAUGCAUGUUUGAGGAAGGGAGGAUAGUCAAGUGUUUGACAUUUAUUCGUGCUAUUCUCCACUGAGGCUUGUCUUGUCAUUACAGAGACUGAAAUGGAAACAGCAUUUCCACUCUGCCUCUGAAUAUUAAGUAACACCCACCGUACCAUAGCAACAAAUAAACCCUUCCAAAAAAAAAGAAAUCUCUGAAACCGUGUGCUCAAGCAAAAAGGACAAGGUGAGGGCAAAUGGUCAGAGUACUGAGAGCAGAUUGAGAAUUUUUUUUUUUUUUUUAGAUACGUAUGUAUUCAUUUGUUUGUUGGAUGGUGGUAAUACCCAUUCCUUACAACUACAGGAUUCAAAAAUACACUGAUGACAAUGAGUGAUGGAGCUCAAAAUUGAAUACAGAUCAGAUGUUGUUAAUAUAAAAAACUAAGGUAUGAAGGAAUGAGGACGCAAAUGCAAUAAAGACAUGAAGGAUUUGUCAAUAAACAAGCUUGAUUUGACAUAGAUGGUGAACAUGUUCGGUUAGGAUGUCUCUUCACACUCAUCUUCCAAAAGGUCAUGAAACUAAAUGCCAGUUGUUACUACUUGA